AUGGCAUCCAAUAUCCUACAGCUCCCGUUCCGACGCUCCCACACGGUGUCGCUGUCCGAUGCGAUCACGCAGUACAUCUCCUCCAAAUAUGAUCAGCGCCCGGAUAUGUUCGCGGACGAUCUGAUGAUCAUCGACCGCCUCCGAGCAGAGGCUGUCAAUGUCCAGGAACCACACGUGAGCGGGAUCAGUCGACUGGUCACGUACUCGGCGCAGCUGAAAUGGCUGGGAGGAAAGUUUCCGAUCGAUGUGGGGAUAGACUUUGCGUGGUAUCCAGCAUUGGGAUUCAAUACUACUCGGCCUGUAUCACAGAACAACUUACGGUUCGAACUGGCGAACAUCCUCUUUAACCUCGCGGCCCUAUACUCGCAACUUGCAUAUGCGUUGAAUCGAACUACUGCGGAUGGACUCAAACAGGCCUGCAACUACUCUUGCCAAGCAGCAGGUGUACUGAAACAUCUAAGAACCGAUAUAAUCCCCGACCUUCGCUCAUCCCCGCCGGAAGAUAUGGAUGAGAUUACCCUGCAAAGCCUAGAGCUUCUUCUGCUUGCGCAGGGACAAGAGUGCUUCUGGCAGAAGGCCGUCAAGGACGGGCUGAAAGACGCCUCAAUUGCACGUCUCGCAGCCCAGGUUUCUGACUUUUAUGGCGAUACGGGCGACUUGGCGGUCAAGUCUAACGCGAUUAGCACGGAAUGGAUCCACCAUAUGACGGCAAAGCACCACCACUUUGCGGCUGCUGCACAGUACCGGCAAUCAUUGGACUGUUUGGAAAAGCGCAAGUAUGGUGAAGAGGUGGCGAGGUUACGUGAUAGCCUGAAUUGCGCCAAUGAAGGGCUCAAGGAGUCGCGGUGGAUCAACCGGACAGUCUUGGGCGAUCUGAACGGGCUCAAGGGCCGUGUUACAGAAGACUUGAAGCGUGCCGAGAAGGAUAACGAUGUCAUUUACAUCAGUCCCGUGCCGCCCAAGUCCGAGCUUAAAACUAUUGGUCGCGCUAGCAUGGUUGCUUCCAAGGCACCCUCGCAAGUCACCGAUGCUAUCUCCAUGCUGGGGGACAAUGGGCCACUAGGACAGCCACUAUUCGCCAAGUUGGUUCCUUAUGCAGUGCACAUUGCGGCUAGCAUCUACUCGGACCGUCGAGACCGACUGGUCAAUGAAUCGCUCAUCGGGGAGUUGGAGUCGAUGACGGAUAAACUGCGAGACCUGCUUUCAUCGUUGAAUUUGCCAGGAUCUCUGCAAGCACUAGAAAAGCCACUGGGUCUCCCGCCUACCCUGGUUUCUCAUGCCGAGGAGAUGCGACAGCAAGAUGGACUCAAUCGUCUUCGCCGGUCUGUCGAAGACACCGCAACGAUCAAGUCCAAUGACCGAUCUGUCUACAACGAAGGCGUUGAGCUGCUAGCUGCUGAGAAGGCCGAGGACAACGCCGCCCGUCGCAAAUAUGGGACCGACCGGUGGAAUCGCAAGACAUCCGAGGCUGCUGCGCCCAAGAUUUACAACUCCUCAACCGAGAUCAAUGGCUACUUUUCAUCUGCACAGAGCAGCGAUGACCUAGUCGAGCGCAAGCUUCGGGACUCGGAGUCCGUGUUCCGCGUCUUGACGGGCACCAAUCGCGACCUUGAGUCCUAUGUCCCGAGCAGCCGCAGAGCUGCUAUUCCCCCGCAAGUGGAGCGGGAGAUCAUCAAGCUGCGGAGCUGUCUUACUGAAGUCAGUCGGAUGGAAAACCGACGGAGGCGACGAGUUCAGACGUGGAAGGACAAGGCUCGCGCUGAUGACAUUCACCCGGCUCUUCUCAAAGCAGCCGCCCGACUCGAACGGGAGUUCCCCAUGCAGGCCAUCCAAGCCAGUCAAUUCGAGGAUCUGUUUGAGGAGCAACUGCGAUUGUAUGAUGUCGACCGCGACAUGCUGGCCCAAGAACGCAAAGACCAGGAUCAGCUCUCGGAUCAAGUACGCGAAGCCAACCGUGCUUUUACACGAGCACACACAGGUGAUGCCUCGACCAAGGAACGAGAGACGGCACUUCAGGAUCUGGAGAACGGGUACCUGAAAUACAAGGAAAUCAUCUCCAACCUGGAGGUCGGACGCAAGUUCUAUAACGAUCUGGCCAAGAUCGUGGGCCGAUUCCGCGAUGACGCAAAGGCAUUCGUGCAUCAGCGACGGAUGGAAGCCAGUCAGCUGGAAGAGGACAUCUCGAACGUCACCGCCAUGGCCUCGCUGCACCUUACCCAGCCUCAUCUCCGCCAGCCCGCUCCCCAGCCCGCUCGUGCGCACCACUCUCCAUCAGCAUUCGCAGCGGCGACCGCCCCGCCCUCGCAGCCCCCAUCGCAGCCCCCACCGCCAGUUCAAGCUCAUCGACCAUCAGAUACGGCAACUCCCCUCACAGCGCCUCAACCAAUGCGGGCAGCGGUCGCACCGCCGUCGGUCCCCACGCCCGGCAUCUGGACUCCAGAGAUGGGCAUUCGUUUUGGCUCCGCCGGUGCACCCCCAGGCGCGACGCCGCCUGCAGGAACAGCGCCGAGUGGGCAGCCCGGUCGCGGGGCGCAGUCGGGACCCUGGGACCCCAACCAGGGCAUCCGGUUCGCGUGA